UGCUAAACAUUCGUGUAGAAAAGGUCGUUACUAAUAACGACAAAUGUGGAAACUGUAGCACAACAGCAGGUGGUUUUCGAGCAUUUUUUUCACCCGACAGUCUGAAGAGAGCACACCGUUCAUUCCUCCAUGCUACUCUGUCGCAUUUCAGCUGUAAGCCAUACUGUAGCAAGAUGGGGACUGGGUUCGCGGAGAGGCGCCCUACUCCACCCGGCACUCUCCUUCAAUCCUAGCCGCUGUAAAUAUGCCAGUUCCACAGGGGACGUAGCGCAACCGUCCAGCACUCCGAAAACGGGGCAGUACCGGGACAGUGUGCUGCUCCCGCGCACUGAAUUCCCUAUGAAAUUGAAUGGGCAGAAACUGUUGGACCGAGAGCUUCAGAUACAGAGGGAAUGUGGCUUCGACAAGCUUUACUCCUGGCAGAGAGAACGGAAGGCUAAAAAGGAGUACUGUCUCCAUGACGGCCCCCCUUACGCCAACGGCGACCCUCAUGUGGGACAUGCUCUCAACAAGAUUCUUAAGGAUAUUCGGAACCGUUUUGAGGUGCUCAAGGGGAGGCAGGUCCACUAUGUACCAGGCUGGGACUGUCAUGGGUUGCCCAUUGAACUGAAAGCACUUGGUGAAUUAGGAACCAGUGGAUUAACAGCCCUCCAGAUUAGACAGAAAGCACGGGAGUUUGCAGAGGGUGCAAUCGCUCGUCAGCGUGCAGCGUUUCAGCGCUGGGGCAUAAUGGCCGACUGGGAUAACUGCUACUAUACUUUUGACGGGCGAUACGAAGCAGCACAGCUCCAGGUCUUUCAGGAGAUGCAUGGCAAGGGUUUGAUCUAUCAGGACUUCAAACCUGUCUUCUGGUCUCCCUCAACAAGGACGGCUCUAGCUGAGGCUGAGUUGGAGUAUAACCCUGAGCAUGUGAGCAGGGCUGUCUAUGCUGCUUUCCCUAUGGCCACCCUACCGCCCAAACUAACAUCAGUCUCAGAAGGAUGGGGGAGUGUUUCGGUUCUUGUGUGGACAACUCAGCCAUGGACCAUUCCAGCUAAUCAGGCUGUCUGCUAUAUGCCCAAUGCCCAGUAUUCAGUGGUGAAGAGUGCAGAUAAUGAACAGCUUUUUCUGGUGGCCGCAGAGCGCAUUGCCAGCUUGUCUGCAGUAUUGGGUCGUGACCUGGAGAGUGUUGAGACAUUUGCAGGGUCACAACUUGAAGGUGGAGUAUGCCAGCAUCCAACAAUCCCAGGAAAAACGGUUCCACUGCUGCCUGCUAACCAUGUGACCAUGGCUAAAGGAACAGGAUUGGUCCACACAGCUCCUGCCCACGGCAUGGAUGACUAUAGUGUAGCAACACACUUCAAACUCUCAGUGGAAUGCAUGGUGGAUGAGGAGGGACGGUUCACAGAGCUGGCCGGCCCUGAGCUUCACAAUCAGUCUGUGCUGACUGAGGGCACUGCCACAGUGAUCUCCAUGCUUCAGGCUGCAGGUGCUCUGGUGAAAGAGGAGCAGUGUGUGCACAGUUACCCAUAUGAUUGGAGGAGCAAACAGCCUGUAGUCAUCAUACCUAGCAAGCAGUGGUUCAUCAACACUGCCAGCCUUAAGGACAAAGCCAAGGAUGUACUGCAGAAAGUGAAGGUUAUGCCAGAGUCAGCACGGGCCAGUCUGUUGGCCAUGCUGGACAAACGGACAUACUGGUGUAUCUCUCGCCAAAGGAGUUGGGGAGUACCUAUCCCAGUCUUCUACCAUAAGGAAACUAAAGAGCCCCUAAUCAACAAACACACGGUCAGCCAUGUGGCUGAGCUAUUCUCUGAGAAGGGCAGUGACUGCUGGUGGCAGGAGCCUCUGGAAACGCUGCUUCCUCCAGAAGUGCUGAAAAAGAGUAAAGCCGGUGCAGUGACGGACUAUGAGCGGGGAGAAGAUGUGCUGGAUAUCUGGUUUGACAGUGGAGUUUCCUGGGCAGCUGUUUUACAGGAAACAGACCCUCGUGCCGAUGUGUACGUUGAGGGGAAGGAUCAGAUUGGAGGUUGGUUCCAGUCCUCUCUGCUGACCAGUGUGGCCGUGCGCAACAAGGCACCUUACAAAGCACUGGUAGUACAUGGGUUUGCGGUGAGUGAGAAAGGGGAGAAGAUGUCUAAGUCCCUGGGGAAUGUGGUGGACCCAGACGUAGUCAUCAAUGGGGGAGAGGAUCCGUCCGUUUCUCCUCCCUUCGGGGCAGAUGUGUUGCGUUGGUGGGUGGCCGAGUCAAAUGUCUUCUCAGAGGUUCAGAUUGGCCCAAAUGCUCUUAAUUCAGCCCAAGAGAACAUCAAUAAGUUGAGAAACACACUACGGUUUUUGCUGGGGAAUCUGCAGGGGUUUGACCCUCGUUCUCAGGCUGUGGACUCUAAAGACAUGUAUUACGUAGACCAGUACCUGCUGCACCUGCUGCGUGAAUACAGCAUGAAGGUGACGGACGCCUACAAUGAAUUUGACAGUGGCAGAGUGAUCCGUCUCCUCCAGGCUUUCAUUGCCAGGGACCUCUCCAGCUUCUACUUUAGCAUCAUCAAAGACAGGUUAUACUGUGACCCUGAGGACUCACUGGGUCGAAGGUCAUGUCAGACAGUUUUAGAAGAGAUUUUAGAUGGUGUGACGCGUUCCAUUGCUCCUAUCCUGCCUCACCUCGCUGAGGAGGUUUAUCAGCAUGCUCCGGGACAUGAGGAAGGAGAGACUCUGUUCCGCAGUGGCUGGAUUAAGACCAGCCCUGUGUGGCGCAGGCCAGGAUUGGAGGAAGCUGUGGAGGGGGCGUGUGCCAUCAGAGACUCUUUUCUAUCAUCUAUCCCAGGACGCAAUGCUGCAGAGUACGACCUCACUAUCGCCAUCGAGCCUGGACUCUUCUUUGAGCUCAUGGAAUCUCUUCAGGAAGAACCCACCUCCACCUGCUCCCAGCUGACAGAACUAAUGAUGGCAUCACGCACCACCCUGCUCGGCGAGCUCCCGCGGGACCUGCCGCCUGAUGCUGUUACCAGGACAGGAAGCUUUCUCAUUAACCUGGAGGGUGGUGUUAUCCGUGAGGACAGCGCUUACAGCGUAGCGGCAGUGCCCACUUCUCUCUGCCGAUGCCCACGCUGUCGCCGUUACACUGCUGAAACAGCCGACUGUCUGUGCCCACGAUGCCAAAGCAUCGUAGGACAAGCACACUAAUCAUUUGUUUUCUGACACGACGGCCACCAAUUCCUUUGCUCGUAAACCUGUUACAUACAGACUGUCAGUCACUCCCCACUCAACAAGGGCUCCCACAGGCCAGCAGGGGGCAGUCACACGAGCAGGCACUUUACCUACUCCUCCAGAGGCUGGCGUGGUCAUAACAAUGGUCCAGUCACAACGCUCAGAUAGUCACACUGUGGUUGCUAAGCUGUGACAGUGUGAAUCGGUUUCAUUUGGUUGAAGUGUAUUUAUUUAAUUGUUGGUGGGGAACACUAUUGAGUAUACAAAAAUUUCCUUUGGAACUCCUUUGGCUUUAACAUCCACUCCAAAGUGGUGAAAAUGAAUUAUAAAUGAAUCAUUCAGUCAGCAGGAGAACUGUUUGACAGGACGUGUGUUAAUAUUAUUGUGACGUCUAAUGAGGAUGAGGGUGGCUUUUCUUUGUUGUACCAUUAUUUGUGUCACUGUGUGACUCAAACAUAAGGUUAAGAGUGAGAUUAGCCAUAAUGCUGUUGAUCUGUACA